GCUACUUGCUAGUAUCGGUGAGGCGACGACCCAUUUGCUGAGCGAUCGGUGAGUUGCCCGCCCCUGGACUGGAGCCUGUCGCUGACUCGCUGUCAUCACUGUCUCUGGCACCGUACAAUGCAUGGCACGAUUAUUCCAGUUACCACAUGCCAAGGCCAAGUUCGUUUUACAUAUAUACACGAAAUUCCCUGCACGCGCCAUUUCGUGCCAUCCUGACACGACCGACCGGAAAGCAAAGCUGCGGCCUCAGCCCACGCCGAUGUACUCCUUCGACUUGGAGCAAGACCACACGGCGGCGGCAGCGCGCACUACCGCCACGACGACCUACCAGCCCUGCGCCCGCGGUGCCCGCUCGCUCCAGCUCUCCGGCGCCCACCACUACCACCCCGGCGAACAAGCACUCCGGACCGCCGCCGCCGUGCGGCCACGGCGCGCCAAGAGUAGCAGCAGCAGGAAGCACGCGCCGUCGUCGUCGCGCCGCUCCUCGACCACCGUGGUGGCGACCGACGUGAGCAACUUCCGGGCCAUGGUGCAGGAGCUCACCGGCUUCUUCCCGCCGCCUGCCGCGGUCUUCCGGCCGCUGCCGCGCAGGGUGCACGCGACCAGCCCCAGCGUCGCCGUCGCCGUCGCCGCGGGGCAAGGGUGUGGCUGGGAACGCCGUGGAAGUCACGGAAGCUCGGAGGCCGCAAACAGUAGCACUGCCGGCGGUGGCAGCAGCCCCGACGAGGGACCGGCCGUGCCGCCGCCUCUGGUGGUGGCGCCGCAGCCGCAGUUCGCGCCGCUGGGCGUGUUCGACGGCCUGCCCGACCUCGGGUCGCCGGAGUUCGGCUGGUGGGGAGAUCUGUCCAUCGAUUUUUAGGCCGGCCGGUACUCGGUGUGGCACAGGCUAGAUUUCAUGGGACGAUUAUUCGAUCGAGGAGGGCGUUUGCUAAUUUUCCUUGUGUUCAAGCGUGUUGUAUAUGUUUAUUAUCGCUAUGUGCACGUGAAGCCACCCGUGGCGCAGUAGUUAGUGCUUGUUGUUGUUUUCACACAUAAUCAUGCUUAUGUAAUGUAAUGCAAAUCACAUCUCGAUCGGUUGACUUGCUUCGUUUUU